UAAAGCGUGGCUGUUGAACCGAACAGAGGUAGUCUACAAAGCAUUUGCAUUGAGUCAGGCUUCGUAUGGCUUAGUCGUGAGCGUUAAUAUGUCGGCUGUUGUUGAAAAUGGAGAGGCUGAAAAUGAAAUUGAACUCAAGUCAAUAGAUGAAACUAUAGAUAACGAAUCACAAGAAGUUAAAAAGAAAAAGAAAAAAAAGAAGAAGAAAAAGAAGCCAGGAUCAGCCGAAGUGGAUGUUGGAGAUGCAGGAGAGAAGGAAGAUGCUGAAGAGCAAGGGGAAGAGGUGAAGGAAGAUGGAGAAGCUGCUGUUAAUGGAGAAGGUGAACAGACUGAGGGAAAGAAAAGACGUCGACGUAAGAAGAAAACCGCGAAACAACAAACAAACCCACCAACUGUGCCUGUAUCAGAGUUGUUUGUAAACAAACCUUUCCCAGUUGGUGAGGAAUGCGAAUACCCUGCUGAUAAAGAUGGUCGAAGUGCUGCAUGGAGAACGACUUCUGAAGAGAAGAAAGCAAUGAAUACUUCAUAUGAAGAAAUGUGGAAUGACUUCCGUCAAGCCGCUGAAACUCACAGACAAGUCCGACAUCAUGUACAGGAGUUUAUUAAACCGGGGUUGAGCAUGAUUGAAAUCUGUGAAAGGUUGGAGCAAGCAUCAAGAAAUUUGAUCAAUGAGAAUAAACUAGAAGCUGGCUUAGCUUUCCCUACAGGAUGUUCAUUGAACAACUGUGCUGCUCAUUACACACCAAAUGCUGGAGACAAAACUGUUUUAAGUUACGAUGAUGUUUGUAAGAUUGACUUUGGGACGCAUAUUAAUGGUCGUAUUAUUGAUUGCGCAUUCACGGUGAGUUUUAAUCCAAAAUACGAUCGAUUGUUAGAAGCCGUAAAAGAUGCAACGAAUACUGGGAUUAAGAACGCUGGCAUAGAUGUUCGUUUAUGUGAUGUUGGUGCCGCGAUUCAAGAAACAAUGGAAUCCUAUGAAGUUGAAAUUGAUGGCAAAACUUAUCAAGUACGUCCGAUCAGGAACUUGAGUGGUCAUUCUAUUGGUCAAUAUAGAAUCCAUGCUGGGAAGACUGUUCCUAUUGUUAAAGGUGGCGAUCAAACUAGAAUGGAGGAAGGUGAGGUAUUUGCCAUUGAAACAUUUGGUAGCACCGGUAAGGGGUAUGUACAUGAUGAUAUGGAUUGCUCACAUUACAUGAAGAACUUUGAUCUGGCCAACCAACACGUGCCUCUCAGGUUACCGAGAGCAAAACGGCUUCUUCAUGUGAUUAACGAAAACUUUGGAACGCUUGCAUUCUGUAGACGUUGGAUUGACCGCAUUGGCGAAACAAAGUAUCUGAUGGCGUUAAAAAAUCUUUGCGAUUCUGGUGUUGUGGAUGCUUAUCCACCAUUAUGCGAUAUUAAGGGUUGUUAUACUGCUCAGUUUGAACAUACAAUUCUUAUGAGACCAAACUGUAAAGAGGUUGUGAGCAGAGGGGAUGAUUAUUGAAGGAAUGGCUUGUUUUGAGGUUGUAGCAUGGGUUUGAGACUCCAAAUCAUCAGUGUAUAAACCACCGUUUAAUUUGUAAUGUACGCUAAGUUGCAGUGUAGGCUGGGACUUUUAUUUUUUAUUGACAACCUGCUUUAAAGUUUCAAUUGCGACAACUGAAAAUAAAAUGUUGAUUUGGGUA